UUAAGGCGGGCAGUGUGAGUGUGGGUGGGUGAGUGUGGGAGCGGACACAGAAAGCCGGGAAAGACAGGAGGCCAGGAGUUUGUAGGAACUUCAGGGAGGUUAGCCCGUGUGUGUGUGUGUAAUGCUGCUGGUGCAACACAUUUAAUCACAUUCACUUGCCCGUCUCACACAACCCAGACAAGCGUUGCAGCUCUGCCCAGCCAGGUUCUGACCACCAAACAAUUAUUCCAUCGCCUCUUGCCAUGGAUUUAUGCCGGCCUAUUCAAGCGAAAGUCCCGCUGUCUGGUGCUGCAUCUUUCUUGCUGCCGCUGCUGUUCCUGCUUCUGUCAUCCACGAUCCAAAGCGCGACGGGCCAGACGGCGGUCCCAGGCUCCGACGCGUGCGCCUCUGAGCCGUGCCUGCACGGCGGCACGUGCAUGCCCGGCGAUGACGGCGGCUUCUCGUGCCGGUGCGCGCCGGGCUACGCCGGAGACAUCUGCGAGGCGAGCGAGGGCGGGUGCGCCAGCAGCCCCUGCCUCAACGACGCGGUGUGCGUCGACGAGCCGAGCGGCUACAAGUGCUACUGCGUGCCGGGCUUCCAGGGCAGGCACUGCGAGAUCGACAUCAACGAGUGCGCGUCGGAGCCGUGCCUCCACGGGGGCACGUGCACCAACGGACGCGACCGCUACUCGUGCGCCUGCCCCAACGGAUUCACAGGCGAGAUGUGCCAGCACGACACGAACGAGUGUGCGUCCCAACCGUGCCACAACGGGGCCACGUGCGUCGAUCUGGACGGCAAGUUCGAGUGCGUGUGUCCGCGCGGCUACACGGGAGCCGUGUGCGAGACGGAGGUGGAUGAAUGUGAGAGCGGGCCAUGCCAGAACGGUGGCAUCUGCCUCGACCUCGUUGACAGUUACACGUGCUACUGUUUGGGAACCGGAUACGAGGGGAAGGACUGUGAGCUGGAGAUUUUGGAAUGUGCCUCCAACCCGUGCCGCCACAACUCCACAUGCAUCGAGGGCAUUCUCAAUUUCACCUGCAUCUGCUGGCCAGGCUUUGCGGGCGACACGUGCGAGGAGGACGUGAACGAGUGUGGAGAUGAGCCCUGCAUGAACGGAGGGCAGUGCAUCGAACUGUCCAAGCCAGACUUCUACGGGAAACUCUCCGAGCUUCCUGGGACUUUCCACUACUCCAAUGCCUCCGGGUUCACCUGCCGCUGUCUGCCAGGCACCACAGGAGAGAACUGUUCGGUGAACUUGGACGAAUGUGAGUCUCAGCCGUGCCUGAAUGGGGGCUCCUGCAUCGACAACAUCGGCUCCUUCUCCUGCGAGUGCGCCCCGGGGUUCACAGGGAGCCUUUGCCGGGAGGACGUCGACGAAUGCCUCUCGAGCCCCUGCCUCAACGGCGGGACCUGCGUGGACCAGACCAACGGAUUCCGCUGCCUCUGCCCCGACGCCGACCACUUCGACUCCUACUCCGGCUCGGACCCGGACGCCGGGCGGUGGACGACCACGCCGGCUCCGGGCCUCGCGUUCGCCGGCACGCUCUGCGAGACGCCCCUCACCGGGUGCCUGGGCGGCGGUGGCGGGCAGGCGUGCCGGAACGGGGCGACGUGCGUGCCGACGCUUAACGGAGGCGCGCACGGCCACCUGUGCCUCUGCGGGCAAGGUUUCACGGGCGACGACUGCGCCAUCUCCACGACGAUCGGCUUCAACGGCAGCGGCUUCGUCACGCUCUCCAUCCAGCCGGCAGACGACAUCGAGGCGCUGAAUUUCACGAGCGUCGUCGCCGUCGCGGUCACCCUGUCCCUGCGCUUCCGCACCACCCUGCCGGACAUGAUGAUCGCCCACCUGGGCAACUCGGGCAGCCUCCUGCUGGUGGAGCUGCGCGGAGGCUCCGUGCACGCCUCCCUGCUCAACUGGGGCAUCGUGACGGCGUCGCUCCACAUCGAGGAGGCGGUCGCAGACGGCACGUGGUGGCAGCUGUCGGUGUCCGCCGAUGACCACUUCUCCAUGAGCGUGGUGGGCCAGGGUUGCCCCCCGGGGAGAUGCGAACAGCAGCGACCGAUCGAGCCGGGCACCGCCGACGCGGCCAGCCUGCUGUCCGACGUGCACAUCGGCGGCCUGGCGCGGGGCGAGGCGACGCCGGCGGGGAGCGUGCCGCCCAACUUCACCGGCUGCAUGCAGGACGUGCACUUGAACUCGCGCCGGCUGGUGCCCGGCCUGAUGCCCGCCGGCUCGGCGGUGGCCACCACGGAGGACUGCCCCGAGGCGCGCCAGUGCUCGCCGGACCCGUGCGGGGGCCGCGGGGAGUGCCGCGACCUGUGGACGCACUUUGCCUGCGAUUGCCACCCGCCGUACGCGGGCCCCACCUGCUCAGAAGAGUACGAGAUGGCGACCUUCUCCCACGAGGGCGUGAACAGCUACGCGCAGUUCGAGCUGAACAACCUCGUCGGCGGCGACGCUAAUGCAUCUUCCACCUCCUCGUCGUCCGUCGUCAUCUCCGCGUUCGUGCGCACGCGCCGGCCCGACGGCCUCCUCCUCGCGCUGCGCAACUCCUCGUCCCCGUCGUCCGCGCUCUCCGCGAGCGUGUGGCUCGAGGCCGGGCUCGUGAGCGUUCGCACCGACAGCCGCCGCAAGCUCAGCACCACGGCGACCACCAGCACCAGCACCACCGCCUCGUCCGGCGCCAUGCCGGACCUGGGCGACGGCGAGUGGCGCCUCGUCGAGGUCCGCGUCUCUCCGCUCGGGCGCACCACGAUCGCCAUCUCGGGGGAGACGGUGGCGGUGGGCGACCUGACGCCCGUGUCGCUGUCGGCGGGCGACCGGGUUUUCGUCGGGGGGCUGCCCGCCGACGCCGCUUUCCCCGGCGCUCCCGGACAGUUCAAGGGCUGCCUGCAGGACGUGCGCGUCAACGGGCUCACGCUCGAGUUUUUCCCGCUGGAGGUCGAGGGCCGGGAAGCGAGGUCGGCGUCCCGGGGCAACGCGACGCUGUUCAACGUGUGGCAAGGCUGCGGCAGCGACGACGCGUGCCGGUCCUCCCCGUGCAUGCACGAAGGCACGUGCACCGUGACGUGGAAUGACUUCACGUGCGAGUGUCCACACGACUACGCGGGGAAGUCGUGCGAGCGGCAGCUGUGGUGCGCCCUGUCGCCCUGCCCGGCCUCCAGCCUCUGCCACGAUGUGCACAACGGUUUUGAAUGCAUCAGCAACGCGACGUUCGGCGCGGCGACCGCCAUCGAGCUCAGCUACACGAGCGACGGCGGCGGCAGCAACGGCCCGCUGCACGACCUCACCAACGUCACGCUGCGCGUGCGCACGCGCGCCGCCAACGCCGCGCUGCUCCAGGCCUCCAGCCCGCCCGACUCCAUGCGACUCCACAUCGCCGGCUCCGUGCCGCGCUUCUGGCUGCGCAGCGGCGACCGCGUCGCCGAGACGGUGGGCGCCACCGCCGUGACCGACGGUCACUGGCACAGCAUCGUGCUGUCCAUGAGCGACCCGGGCGCACGCUUCUCGCGCUGGAUCAUGACGGUGGACAAGGCGCCGCCGCCGGCGAACAACGGCGGCGAGGGCGGCAGCAUCGCCAUCAGCCGGAGCGCGGCAGGCAGCCUCAACUUCCUGCGGAGGGACGGCGCGGCGGUGCGCGUCGGGGGGGCCCCGCUCGCGCAGAACGAAGACGGCGGCGCCGGCGGGGGGCGGGCCGGCCGCUUCCGGGGCUGCGUGGGACACGCGGAGAUCGGCGGGCUGCACCUCCCGUUUCUCCCCGACUCGGAGCUGCGGCUGCGACGGCCGCAGCCCGAGCGGUUCGAGCUGGCCGACCGAGACGUGCGCGCCCGCCCGCCGGCGCGGGGCUGCGUCGGCGAGGACGUGUGCGCCGCGGCGCCCUGCGCCCACGGGGCGACGUGCGUGGACGCGUUCGACUCUUUCCGCUGCGAGUGCGCGCCGGGCUGGCGCGGCGACGCGUGCGAGGUGGAGGUGGACGAGUGCGCGUCGCGGCCGUGCGCCAACGGGGCCACGUGCCGGGACCUGCCGGGGGCCUACGCGUGCGAGUGCCUCCCCGCCUACGAGGGGGAGAACUGCGAGCGCGAGCGGGACGAGUGCAGGGAGGGGGGCGCGAGGCUCUGCGUCAACGGCGCGACGUGCGUGGACGGCAUCGGAGCUUUCGUGUGCGCGUGCCCGCUGGGCUUCACGGGCACCUACUGCGAGUGGAGAUUCCCGCCGGUGAUGUGCGGCCCCAACGUCACGUGCGAGAACGGAGCCAACUGCACCAACACGGAGAUGGGAGGGAAGUGCAACUGCCUCCCCGGCUACCGCGGCUACAGCUGCGAGGAGGACAUCGACGAAUGCGCGUCGGGGCCUUGCGAGAACGGUGGCCAUUGCAUCGACCACGCGGGCGCCUUCGAGUGCAUAUGCUACGCGGACUUCGCCGGAGUGCGCUGCGAAGUUGACAAGACGCAGAACAGCACUUCAAUCGUGGCAAUCGUAGUGCCCGUUGUGGUGGGCGGCCUGGCGCUGCUGGUGGCGCUGCCCAUUGCCAUCUACUGCUUCAUUAAAGUGCGGAACAAGCGGAGGGACGAGGGGACCUACAACCCCAACAUGCAGGAGAAGUCCAGCGUGACGCAGACAGGCCCGCCGGGAGGCCUGCAGAGGCCACCUGAAGAGCGUCUCAUAUGACGGCCUUUAUUUCGGCUCGGGACAAUCUUUUUUCCCCAAAGGCGGAGACUGUUGAGCCCCAGGAAAAUCAAUUGCGAUAAAGAGAGAAACAAAUCUGAAAUGUCACGGAUGAAGAUGACCACUGGGACUCAGAAUGUACUGUAAUGCCUCUUUUCCACUGACACAUCCGAGCCGAGCCGGUGCGGGGCCCUUGCGUUACGAAUGGUUUUCCACCGGCUAUUUGGCGAGCCGAACCAGAACAAAACCGUGAUGCGCUGGCACCUCAAGAAGACAUUUGAAUCUGGCUCGAGGGGGCCAACAUAAGCCAGGGCUAGGGUUCAUCUUUAUUGUCGUAACAUCAUGUUCGUCGGGCGUCGCGUUAGUUGGCACGGUUGGACCCUUGCGCAAUGAACGUGUAAUGUCGGCGGUACGGCCCAGGUUCGGCAGGGGGAAAAAAACCUGGCACCUCCUGAUCUGUGCCGGGCUUGGCUCGAAAUGGCUUGCUUGUACAGUGGAAAAGAGGUAUUUUCAGGCGUGGUGAGCACUGAAAUAGAACAUGUGUCGGCUUUGGACAUGAGCACACACCCACUGUUCUACAGCCGAGUCAUUUGAUUCCUUGGUUUAUGCAAUAAUCUUUUGUCAGCUGACCUGCCAAACUUGACUAACAUUACAGUCUGCAUGUUGCUCCAACUUGCCUAUUAUUGAGUAUCCUUGAUUUGCUUCGGGUGAUUUUAUAAAUGGUUAGGAAGAGGCUGCUGCUGGGCACAUUCUGGGAACAAAGUGACUGAAAUUCUGCUGUGGGUGCAAGGAAGCUGCUGAUCUGGUUAUGUGGGUUUGAACUUUUAUUUGUCAUAUUCAUGGUAUAAUUAGCAUUUUACUACCAUACCACCACCACGCAAUUGUAAACAAAAGUCCCCCACUUAUUUUCAUUGCAGUAAUUUCAUUCCAUCUGCAGUCAUGGCCAGUGGCCAUAUUAUACGACUAAAUUUAACCCCUUUUUACGUAAAUUUGAGCAAACAGGUUUUGCUUCCUAAGUGGGUGAUGAAUGUAUGCGUGCAUCACACGGCAUUCUCAUCCGCUGCCUACAACACACGUUGGCUCGUAACACAAUACUCGAUGUAUUGAAUUACACGGCUGCUAUGGCGAGCGGCACCAUGAAGCUAUGCUGGCUUGCGCACGACGUUUCGGAGGCCCGUGCAGAAGGGCUCUCAUUGUCACGGCGGGCAAUGCGAGAUCCGUGUCCUCUUGAGCUGCGACGCGACAGCCGCUAACUCGACGCUUACCAACUUCGCGCGUCUGAUGCCCACCAGAGAGAAAAGGUGGCGGUGGUGGGGUUGGGAGCAAAGUCCAGUGGUGCGUUCCUUGUUGCGAGUCUUUCUGCUGUACCAGUGUGUAUAAUCGUUGCUGCCAGCUAACGCAUGUUGAGAGGGCUGAGGGAGGGUUAUUCCAGCACUCGGGCGUACGGACGUCACUUGCCCGUGAGCUACGGUGCGUGCUGAUGGGUGCCGCGUACCAGGCCGUGUCUGUGCGGGAGCCGCCGUGUCACGGUGUGCAGAUCAUACACCCACGCUUCCAGCAGCGUUAAGUCAACAGCAGUAAAGAGGUUUUUUUGUAUUAUUGAAGCCGAGCAAACUGUGUGUGUGUGCUGUAGUGCGUACGAUUCCCGGUCUGGUCCACUCCCUAAUUAUUUCAAAAAACGGUAAAUGUUGGAAAAAUGUGAAUGUUGCAAAUAUAGUUAGGGUUACAAAGGUGCGGAGUGCUUGUUUUUAAAGUUGCAUGCGUUUGCAUCAGAGCUGGCCUUUUGAAAGUGGAAGGCUGAACAGCGGGCAGUUGCGCGAUUUGAUAUCCACCCCGUGUGCAAAUUGACUGCCUAAUUUUAUUUUACUUUUUUUAAGUUCGGUGCAAUUUUAGCGUAUAGGUUUCGCGAGCGAACACAGCAGGCUUGUGACACAGUGGCGUCGAUAACAGAAGCUACGGAGAACGAGGGGAAACCUUAAUGUCCUUCAGUAAUGACGAAGCAUUUUAGUUCUCAUAAAGUUUUCCGAUGUAGAACGAAAGUUAAUAACCAAUGUCCUUCAAGUCUACUUGGUAUGUUAUUGCUUUGAUCACUUUAAUUGUGAUGUUAUGUCCAUGACAUGUCUGGUGAAGUUCCACAUUUUUACCAGACUUUUUACUAUAUUAAAUAUAUUUUUGUUAUAAAUCUAGCUAUUUGAAUGAUAACAUGCAUAGAAUUGCUUGCUACCUAUAGUCUGUAAUAAUUUUAAUUGUUAUCCGUGUGAGGUUGGAACCACGUCAAGCGUUUGAAAAUUUUAUGGUUGAUCCUUUAUAAAUAAAUGGUAAAACACUGGAAACUGUGCUCCUGUGUAGGUUUCUUUAAGGUUGUGCUGACCAGCUCUCAGAUAUUUUUUUAGGGCCGGACCGCGCGUUUUGUUUGGCAUGAUGUCCGACGUUUUGCUCCACGUGCCAAAAGCUUCUGAAGGAACGAUUCGGUUAUGUUCAGUUCCUGAAGGAGCUCCCAACACAUGGGAGUAAAACGUGAGACAUGCCAAACAAACAUGCGUUCCAACGCGGUAAGA